GACGCCAGCCUUCACGAAUGGAGAACGACGGGAGAACGGGAGAAAGAAAAGGCGCCAAUCGUCAGUGAAAAAAAUGGAUGUACCUUCAAUACAUGUAUGGGUGAAGGAGAUGACAUCUUGUAUUGGAGAGACUGACUUACAUAACCAGAGGAAAGGCAGGAGAAUUUGAAAAUGUGUGGGAACCUUUAUUGGACGUCAAGGAGAGCGUACGGACAAUGGAAGGAGGAACUCAGUUUUCGGCGCCCCAGGAUCGGACCCCCACGGAACUCCAGGACCAACUCCUCAAGGAGGCACGGGAUUUGGCCAGGCGUUCAGCACUGUAUCAGAGCUGCCUGCCCCCACCACUGACCGCAGAGUCGUCUGUCUCGUCAUUGGCAGAGGAACUGGUCCUUGAUGAGUGCAACCAGGCCUGGAGGGAGCUGGGUGAGUUUCAGGACAAGCUGACCCUGUGCGACCCGAGGCCGGAGGUUCAGGACUCGGAGAACCCGCUGGCCGUGCUGUUUGCUCGAGAGAGGGUUCUGCUGGCGGAGUUGAACGUUCAGAAGAACAGGCACCCCAAGCCCCUGCCUGUCAACAAGGAGGUGCUCACCUGCUUGGGAAAGCAAGAGCUACAGUCGACUGGUCAGCAGCUGGAAGUGAUUCUGUCCUGCGUUCGUGCCCGUAAGAAAUCCUUGCAAGAGCGCUUGGAGAGGGAGCAGAAGUGGCUGGAAGAGCAGCAGGAGAUUGCGAAGUCGCUGCAGGAGCGAGACGAGGAACGCCAGACUGUCUUCCACAGUCUCUCGGAGAACAGUGCCUUGCAGAAGAUGAGGAGAGACCUGGAGAGACUGACCGUGCUGAAGGAGAGGCUGCUGAACACCCUGGGCAGUUUCCUGGACGUGCACUACCCUCCCCCCAAUGUGGCAGAGACUGGCGGCAGAAAGAAGAGAUUGCCCCAUCCUGGAAAGGUUUUGAAACUCAUCACUUUCCAUGAAAUGCUUGAGCGCCUGAUGACCCAGAUGAUGAGAAGCCCCCAUGACCCCUACGUGGAUUUGGACGAGACGUACUGGCCCCCGUAUGUGGAGGCGCUCCUGCGUUAUGGGGUGGCUCUGCGAGAUCCCCAGGACCCCCACCGCAUCCGCCUGGAGGAUUUCUGCGAGUAGCCAAGGAAUGGAGGAGGUUCCCACUUCUCCUCUGCGCCCUACCCCGUCCACUGGGAGCAAAUGAGACCGGGUGCUUGACUGGGAACUUCAGAGAUGUCCCCACACAAUGAUCUGUCCCUAUGGGAGAGUGCGAAUGGGAGGGGAGUGUUUGUGCCCAAGCAGAGUGAGUGUGUAUGUUUGUGAGAGAGAGAGAGGAGCACUGUGUGUGUAUGUGUGUGUGUGUGUAAGAGAGGGAGGACUGUUCAGUGUGUGUGGAGAGGGGUGAGGGGAAGCUGUGAGUGAGGGGGGAGAGAAGGGGUGAUUUCCCUGUGUGUGUGGAAUCUGUCACAAAUAUAUCUGUCAGAGGGAAAUCCUGCAGAAGUCUGCCUGUUACUGUUUCAGUUUGAUUUAACUGUGUGGUUUGCUUCGACAUUCAUAGGGUGACCUCCUCACUGAGGGUUUGGAGUCAGUUAAUUUGGAGGCACAAUUGUUUUAUUGUAUACUAGUUUUGUAAAUAAAAUAUGGUCUUCUUAA